UCACCAGGUUAUUUAUCGCUUGUAUUUUUUCAAAAAACGAAAUCCCUCGCAAUGGGUCUCCGUUCUCGCGAAUCGGCAGUAUGGGGACUUGGCCUGACCUUGCUCUGCGUGGGCGUCGGGGUCCUGGGUCACGGGCGGCUGAUGUACCCUCCGAGUAGGUCGUCGGCUUGGAGGCUCGGCUUCGACACCCCGCAGAACUACAACGACAACGAGCUCUUCUGUGGGGGCUUCGGGAUCCAGUACGGGCAGAACGGCGGCAAGUGCGGCGUCUGCGGCGACAACUGGGCGGACCCGCAACCCCGCGACAACGAGGCUGGAGGAACGUACGGGACGGGGCUCAUCACCGCUAAUUUCACCAAGGGACAGGUAAUCACAGUCGAAAUAGACUUAACCACUAGCCACAUCGGACACUUCGAGUUCCGUCUCUGCGUCAACAACGCCCCGGACAAAAUCAUAACGGACGAGUGUUUGGACGAGCACCUCCUCCAGCUGGCUGACGGUUCGGGACCCUUCUUCACCGUGCCAGACUUCAAUGAAGCUUACUUUUACAUCGACAUGAAGCUUCCUGAUGACGUGGAGUGCUUCCAAUGUGUUCUUCAGUGGCAUUACCAAACAGGGAAUUCGUGGGGAGACUGCGGUAAUGGCACAACAGGCUUGGGUUGCGGCGACCAAGAAGUAUUCAGAGGCUGCUCUGAUAUCGGAAUCUAUGCUUUCCUGGAGACACGGCUGUCGGCACGCCAGUCAACUAUGAACGACGAUGAACUCAACUGCGGCGGCUGGGGGACACAAUACGAGCAGAACGGCGGCAAGUGCGGCGUCUGCGGCGACAACUGGGCCGACCCGCAACCCCGCGACAACGAGGCUGGAGGAACGUACGGAACGGGGCUCAUCGUCGCUAACUUCGCCAAGGGACAGGAAGUGGACGUCGAGAUCGAACUGACGACGACCCACCAAGGCUACUUCGAGCUGCGUCUCUGCGUGAACAACGACCCGGAUAAGAUUAUCAGCGACGCCUGCCUGGACGAGCACCUCCUCGAACUGGCCGACGGAUCAGGCACCAAGUAUCCGAUUGCGACGGAGAACGACUGGAUCUACGUGACGGCGAGAGUGAAGCUCCCUCAGGACGUCGUAUGCACUCAGUGUGUGCUUCAGUGGCACUACAGGGGAGGCAACAACUGGGGAGAAUGCGGCGACGGCACCGAAGGCUUGGGCUGCGGUGACCAAGAGAUCUUCCGCGCAUGCGCCGACAUCAGUAUUUCCUAAGACAUCGGAACUAUUUCGAAAUAGUAAUGAUGAUAAAAAUGAACUGUCCAAAAAAUCGUUUGGAAUGAAUAAAAUUUAAAGGGAAA